ACGCGGUUCAUCGUCCUCUUCAGUGACAUCUUAACAAUAUGGUCUCGCCGAAGACGUUGCAUACCUUUGUCGAGAACGUCGUAAAUAACGCUUGAACAUUCACAAGUAGUAUAGGAGAACGUCGCCAGGCAAGGUUUGUACGGGAAGGCUUGCGAGCUUGUAGAAACACCCACGACAAAUAUUUUUACGCAGUGUUGGACAAUUUUUUUUGGUGAAUACCUCGUGGAGGAUUAGAGCAUAGCGUGAAAUGAGCUAUUAUUGUUGUUGUAAGUAAGCUUCGAACACGAGCUUGCAAGUGAUGCUGCAGGUGCGCUUCGUUGAUAAGCGCACGCGCAUCGAUUUUUUUAGCUUGUGAAUGAGUUGCUGUAUAGUGAUGUAGUACUAGACUCGUAUUCAAGAUAAUCCUGCACGGAUCAGAUCACGGCUUAUCCAUGAAAAUUAUCACAUUGAUGCGGCGGCUGGUCGAGUGUUUGCUGCUGAUAUUGCUUCAGCUGACGACAAGCACACGGUGCAAUGACGUGCCAUGCAAUUUCAACGCGAUGUGCAUCUGUUGGCUGCAGGACGAUCAGGAUUACACGAAGAUGGACGUCGGCUGCACCGGUGUACCCUUCGCGAGAUUUCCAGACGUAUCCAUAAGUUAUGUGGCACAGUUAGAUGUGAUAGGCUCGGGGCUACAGGUAUUUGACAAUGAAGCUCUGGCAAGUACUUCUGGAGUGGAGGCACUUGGGCUUGCUAGCAAUCAGCUUAUGAGCGUCGGUGACAAAUCGCUUCUGGGAGUCAGCGACACUCUACGCUCUCUGGAUCUGAGUUAUAAUUCGCUGGAAGAGAUACCACUAGCGGCAUUACAAGGACUACAUCGGCUUAAUUGGCUCAACAUGCACAGCAAUCAUCUGACGACGCUGCAAGGCGACUGGGGUCUGGUAAGCGACACGCUCACCAACGGCUUCUUCGGCGACAAUUCCAUCACUGAUAUCCCCAAGAGUUUUUCAACUUUCGGCAGUCUGAACUGGCUCAAUCUCGACAGUAACAAUAUCGAGGAGCUUUACGAGAACGCAAUGCCGCCAAACAUCGUCACGCUCAGUUUGAAUGGGAACUUGCUCAAACGCUUUCCCGAGAGUUUGGCUAAUUGCCAUGGAUUGACGUGGCUCUAUCUGAAGGGUAAUAACAUUAGGCACUUGGAGUUGCCAGACUUCAAGAGCGACGGUCUGGAGAUGCUGGACUUGAGUGAGAAUGUGAUCGAGAGCGUUGUUUACACUGGGCCUGACAACAAGACUCUUCGAAUUUUAGACCUCAAUCUCUCAGGUAAUCGCCUAACCGAGCUUUCCAAGAACAUGUUCGCUCGAAUGUCCAUCCGACGUAUUCGACUCUCGUCGAAUGGCAUUCGACAAAUUCACCACGCAGCAUUUGCCGGACUCGAGGAUAGCUUGGAAUAUCUCGAGCUCGAGAACAACGAAAUAAGAAGAUUGCCGUCAGCUGUCAGCUCACUGCGUCGAAUGUCUUACUUGUAUCUGGCGAACAAUGCAAUACGUGAACUUCGUAACGAGAGUUUUGCCGCUAUCGAAGGAGAACUCAAAGUAUUAUCACUAGCCACGAAUGGCCUCGAGACAGUACCUGCUGACACUCUUGCCGCUUACGUCAAUUUGCUUCAUCUGAAUAUCGGCUACAACAAGAUCCACAGGGUCCAGCCGGAAGAUUUCGACUGGGCGGAGAAUCUCGAGAUACUGCUUUUGAGAAACAACGUAUUGACGCAACUGAUGCCUUAUACUUUUCGAGGCGCAAAGAAGCUAACAGAAUUGAGCCUCUCGUUCAACCAUCUAUCAGACAUAGCUGACGAAGCAUUUGUAGGUCUUGAAGAUAGUCUAGAAAUCUUAGAGUUGAGUUUUGCUUUCUCGACCGAUCACUUUCCUCAACGAGCACUUCGUCCACUAUCAAAUCUACAUUGGCUGGUACUCGACAACAAUAACUUCCAUACUCUCGAGCCGACAACGUUCUACUCGUUUCAACAACUUCGCUAUCUGAAUCUCGAGUCCAACCGACUUCACGACUUACCCGAACGACUCUUCCUCGGUGAUGUGCACUCCGAGCUGCGAGACUUGAAGCUGGGUUAUAAUUUUUUGGAAGUUCUGCCGGAAAGUACUUUUCACAACUUGACCGAAUUAAGAGCGCUCGAUUUGACGGGCAAUAGAAUUCGAGCUCUAGCCGCUGACUCGAUUAAGGAUUGCCCGAAACUUGUCACUGUCUCGUUGGUGAACAACAGGAUUUCGACGAUCGAUAAGGAUGCAUUAAACGGCUUGGAAGAGUUGAGAUUCUUGCAUUUAGAGUUUAACAAGCUCACUUCUUUGAAUUUCGAGGCUUUCGCUACCAGCGGUGGACCUGAGUUUUUACUGAACGUAUCCUACAACUCGAUAUCCUCCUUGAACUCAAGCAUAUCGAUUAUAAAUAUCACGCGGCUCGAUUUGAGCUUCAACAACAUCAGUUAUUUAUCCGUGGAUGUGUUUGUCAAUACUCCACACUUAAAGACAAUUAAUUUGGAAAGUAAUCAUAUGACCGCUAUCGAGCCAGGCACAUUUGCAUUGGCCGAUCUAAACACUUUGAUUCUACGGGACAACAAAAUCGAGUCGUUGCGCAAACAGAGCUUCAAUGGAUUAACGUCACUGCAACAACUCGAUCUCUCGGGUAACAUGCUCGCACAAUUGACAAACGAGCAGUUUCGAAACUUGCGAAACUUGCGAGCGUUAAAUUUGUCGCACAACAGGCUGCGUUCCUUGACGCGCGAUGUGUUUACCGGCACUCGUCUUGAGAUUCUCGACUUGAGUCGCAACAAGUUCACCGUCGUACCUUCGGCGCCUUUCCUCGACGUUGGCUACACACUCAGGAGCAUCGAUUUAUCGGAAAACUUCAUCGAUCACCUCGACGCUACGUCCUUCCCUACCUCACAAUUAACGUCGUUGAAUCUCGCUCAUAAUCGCGUUCAGAUUCUGCCAGACAAUUCCUUCGUCUCCUUAGCCAAACUGUUAACGUUGAAUAUAUCUGAAAAUCAUCUGAGAGCGAAUUUCAAAGAAGUUUUUCACUACUUGCCUGAUCUACGGUGGCUGAGUAUGGCGAGUUGUGGAUUGAAAAAUCUUCCACACUUUCUGCUAAUGUCGCUCAACUAUUUGGAUCUAUCGUUCAAUAAUGUCGACAAUAUACGUGAAAACGAAUUGCAGAACUUCGGUACGUUGAAAGUGUUACUGUUGACCAACAAUACGCUGAGCACAUUCGAUGGUUUGCGAUUGAAUUUGCUGAGAGAACUGGAUAUUUCGGGCAAUCCUAUCAAGGAGUUAACGAGAAACACUCUCGCUGGGUUCCCGCGCUUGGAAAAGCUCAAUAUUCGCAAUCUCAAUCGCACGCUCACGGUCGACCGAGACUGUCUCAAGUCCUUAAGUCACCUGAAGUAUCUCAGCACGCAGACGUGGCCCGAAGCAUCCAAUUUUCGACUUCGCAAUUUUUUGAGUAAUCUGCCUCUGCGAGUUGUCGAGAUCGAGGUCAUCGAACCGCGUCUCACCGAUCAACUGCACAACGCUUUCACAAAGCAGUUGCGCGAGUUGACUAUUACUGGGCAACAUUUACAUUUCAUCGCUGCGGAUGCAUUCAAGACUAUUGAAGGUCCCGAGCUCACUCUUAGGAUUAAAGAUACGCAGGUUGAACGAUUCCAGUCCGACAUUUUCUCGUCGUUGACCAAACACAUGACGCAACUGACUUUGGAUCUCAGAAACAAUCAUAUCAACGAGCUGAGUCCGUCGGUUAUUUAUGGUAAUCUCUCGUGGGAAACUGUCGGCACUAACAUGGUUUCAGGUGGUCUACAGUUAUCGGGCAACCCACUGGAAUGCGACUGCGAAAUAGCAUGGCUAUCGUUGUGGCUACGGAGAUGGUUACGCGAAUCACGGCAGAUUCACACAGCCUCGCAAUCGGACGCUCGUCAACUGCGAACUUAUGCAGGUCGAGCGGUUUGCACGGAAACCACUCAACUUUACCCGGCAGAUCGGGCACUGCUGAAUCUCGGAGCGCCGAGCACUGCUUGCCAAGCGUCGGCAUUGAGCGUCGCUACCGAGCACAGUCGCAUGGGAUUGCUAGUAUUGGCUGUUGUUGCGCUUGUUCUUAUUGCUCGGUAGCUCGUUUCGGAGAUGGAUCUUACGCUGAACGAACAAUGAUCGCGCGUGCGCUUGUUGAUCGUCCAGACGAAGGCUCCCAAACGAUGCAUAAUUAUCAUUUGAUUUUUCUUUUAUUUUCCUAUUUAGAAAGGCGUCUGUAAAAAAGCGUUUCGAUUUUGUACGGCACUGGAUAGUUCAUACUAUCAUGAUACAUCAGCACCAAACUUCGAUUUUGAUGACGAAACAUAAAUGAUUUGCAAUUGUCCGCGCGCAACAUUAUAUUCACAUAAAUCCAGCGUUCGAUCGUCUCGGAGCUUUCGAUCUCGAAAAUGAAGAUAAAGAAAGAAUAAAAAAAGCGCCGUGUUCAAUUGCACUUUCGAGAAUACACCUUUACAAUUCCAUAUGUCCUAUCCUAUAAAGUGUCUCCCCCUCCGUUCAAAUAAAUACAUUUAAAAAAAACUCCGUGCAAUCUCCGUGCGAAAGAUUGUCAGUGGUUUUUUCUUGCUCACAGAAUUCAGGCGCACAAAGAUAAAAAAGGCAACAAGAGCCUCGGUGAAUGUGUUUGCGUGUGCGUGUAUGAGUGUCCGUAAUUCGAUUCACGACAAUCA